AUGUUCACCUUUCACGCCGCCGUUCCUUCCGCUCCGCUGACGUUCUCACGCCACGCUCACGCUAUACGCAACGAUCCCACAUGCACUUCUCUCUCCUACUCCACGAGUCUCAACGACGAAAAUGACGGCGCCGGCAUCCGGCUCAAGAAGAAGCGCAAACGCACCAACAAUGAUGCAGCAAGCGCGGGUCCGAUUCGCAAGAAGCGGCGGCUGCGCCUGACGCUCAUUACAUCGCGGCUCUCGCAACCCUUUGCCGUUCCGACCACGCACAUCGCCGACCGCGGACGUUCGCGUAUCGCCGCGUGGGCAAAGCAGCAAAAGAAGGCGCUAUGGGGCCGGGCGCUGCUACGGAAAGCCGCGGUCCUGAACCGCGCAACUCUCCGAAGCAUCGAGCUACGGGCAGGCCAGUCGCCGAAUAUAGUUCCCGCAGAGCUCGAGAUGCUACUGCGGCGCAAGGGAAUUGAGAUGGCAAGGUACAACUGUUACGCGCCGUCGCCGCCGUCUCCUUUGCGGCAGUCUAAUUCUGAAUCAAUGGGCAACGAAGAGGAAGACAAGCGUCAUCAAGCGCAUGAGAACCAAGAAGAAACCGAAGUAUCCAAGAGAGAGGAGGAGAAGGAAGAGGGCAAAGAGGAAGAGAACGAUUCGGCCUAUUUCGACAGUCUCAUAUUUGGCCUUGCAACCACCGCCGUUGCCGCCGCCGACUCACCCGCCUUGUCCAAUAACUCGGUCUUCGUAUCCGAUUACGACCGGCUCGAUGACCUGAAUGGCGGCAGCAACGACGAUGGCUUCGCGAGCUCUGUCCUAUCCUCCCCCGGCCGUGCCAGCUCACCAUCCACGGCUACAGUCGCGACGGCGCUGACUACGCUGACGGACGAGGACGAGGCCGCAGCAAGUCUAGACGCGGGUCGCUGUUUGUCAAACUCGCCAGCAUCGAUGUUGUUCUUUGAUCAGCUGGCCGAGAUCAUGCCGGACGGAAAUGAUGUCGCUGCACCUGCGGCAAUUUUGCAUCCGCCACUGUUGCCGCUUGAGCAACCAGAGCCAAAGAAUGUAUCGAAAAGACCGCCACGACCCAAGGGGUGGAAUCCAAACUUUGCGUCUGCCCCACCGCUGGCGGCUGCUGUUUCGGAGCUUUCGGAGAAAUCUGAGAAAGUAUAA